AUGUUCAGGGCCUCUGGGAGUGCAGGGGAGGUGACAGGAGGAGGCGGUGGACUCAGCAGCAGGGAAAUCACGGAGGAGCAGGCUUUCUAUGAUCUCACUUUCAAGCACUUCAAAGAAAGUAAGGUGGAGAUCUCCAGUGCCAUCACAAAGUCAUAUCCUUUCCUAGAGAUCCUCCGAGACCGAGACUUCAUCUCUGAGCAGAAGUAUAAACUUCUUCGAAAAAAGUGUGAGAACCUGGUUCAAAUGAACAGAGUGAUAUAUGACUUCCUCAGUGACCUGGAGAAGGUGUUUAGCCAGUCACUUCUGAGGGUGAUGUUCAGCCAAAGGAAUCUGAAGGAAUAUCCUGGCUUAAUGAAGAUUCUCAGAAGCUUCCCAGUUGAAGCCCAGCAGAAGAUCAGCACCCAACCAAGCCAUGAGCAAGAUCACAGAGGUGACAGUUUGGAAGUGUGGGGAGGAGCAAGUCACGACACCUUGAAAUCACCACCAAGAUCUAUUCCAG